UGUGAUAUCAGAUACCAAUCACUCGCCGACUUUAUCAGGUUAGCAGUUAGAUGCGGAAAGCGGCUGCAGAGUCGGCGACGUGGUUAUCAAUCGCUACUGUUAUCAAUUACGGUGUUGACCUACAUACCUUAAAAUAUAUAAUUAUUAUUAUUAUUAUUCGUUACUCCGUUCUUAUCAUCGCCGAAUACCGAUUGACGGACAGAUCACAGAUGGACCAUGAAAACUGCUGAUCACAGGACGAGCACGGAGCAGUCUCUCUCGCGGUUUGGAGCGUAAAAUCUAAAAAGAAACUCCGUGACGGUCACGACCAAACACAAUGAUCUUGUAAAUCGUCGUGGCGGUAAUAACAACGAAAUUGUUGUUUGUUUAUUUGCUUUACGAGCCGACAAGGACAACGGUGGCGGCGACGGCGACAGUGACGAUGAGUCGUACAAACAAACCGGUCAACAAAAGCCAUGUUAUGCACACAAGACUUAACGACGGUGCCUUUACCGAGGCUAGACAACGAAUAUCGGUCAUCACCUGGGGUACGCCGAUUUUCGUUGCUCAGGCCUCCACCGGAGCUACUUCCGUUGCAGACAAGACGGGUUGCGAAUCGACCUCCACCCGCACUGAACCGAAUAUUACCACAACAACUAGUAAACCAGGUUCCUCAGAGAUCAACGUUUCGGCCACUUCCUGCACUGCACCGGUUACCUGCAGGAUUUUCACUGACACCACCACAACCGACACAACCUCCGACACAACCACCGACACAACCACCGACACAGCCACCGACACAGCCACCGACACAGCCACCGACACAACCACCGACAUAGUAAGUAUGCCUAUACCAUUUUUUCACCGUAACGAUGAACUUUGGGGCGAUGACGAAGAGCGAGAACGUAGACAGCAGAGAUUCCCUUUGAUAUAUCUAGAUGACUUUGUGCGAAUGGAAGAAAACGAUUACCGCCGUCGAUACGGUCUCCGUGUCAUACAAGGACGACCCUGGUUACUCCGGGGUGCGGGUCAAGGUCCGUUUGAAUUAUAUGAAAGAGGAGAAGAGCUUUACACCCCGCUAUUUACUGUUAUGUUGGUGCCAUCCAACCUUGAGAACCCCAACGAGGAACUCGAAUUCAUGCAUGGCGAUCCGCUUGAUCCAAACCGUAGCCUACCACUUGAUAUGCAUGCCAACAACACCGCAACUAUGUUGUAUGAACGCAUUCUCCAAAUGGAAAAUUUGAUCAUCAAUGACCAAGAAACCAUGGACGCGAUACGAAGGUUGCGAAACACGCUAUCCGCUCAGGACUCUUUCAACUGGAUCUCGUUGAUAGUAAUAAUAGCUACGAUGCGCCCUCAUCCGAAUGACCAGCCCAUGGUUCGGUUCAAUCCUGGCAGGUUGUCGGUGAAUCGAGCAGCGCGUAUGUUAGUGGGCUCCCGUGGUCUAGUACAUGGUUGGUCUGGUGUCAUGCCAAACAUAAUUAACGCAUUACAACAACAUGGUGACGUUUCGUCGUUUAUAUGGUCACAUGAAUGUUCUAUCGAUUCCGAAACGGAUGGAGACAGUUCGUUUGACUCAGAUUCCGUCGGUUACGAAAGUGGCAGCUGGAAAAGCGGGCCGCGUGGUGUGGCCCGUGGUCGUCCGCCCGUCACCGGUGUGUCAUCGUUGAGCGAGACAUCCAGCAUGAUGGCCAGUGACGACGGCUAUGUACAUCAGACKGACACGGUAGAUGACUCCGAUGACGCGAACGGAUCUUUCAGACUUAAAAGAUUCAAGGGCUACAUGAAACGUUCAGCCAUUGAACGACGCGAGCGACGAGCCAUGAGGAGAGCUAGACGCGAGACGCGUAACAAUUACGACUGGCAACGCCGACUGGAAGACCCUGCCUAUGACAUGGAGGCUAGACGUGCUGAAAUACUAGCCGCCGAGAGUAAGCGCAACGAGAGUCGUGCCCAAGAAUUGUUAAACGCCGAACGGAAAACGGAACGCGUCUUGCACUGGUGUCAGACUCAGCAAGGCAUAAUGGCCGGCAUGGAUAGCCAGUUGUCUCUCAGCGAUGAAUUAGUGGACUACCGGCUGAAUGACUUGAGACAGUCACUUUGUGAACAGGUUUCUCAUACUUGGAAGCAGUUUUAUGGUGAUCAAAUGGCCACUGAAGCGACACCCGACGAGAUGGAUCAAUUGGUAUUWUACUGCUGGAUGAUACCGGUCCGGUGGAUUCGUCAAACUGGCCCCAAUUGUGGGUUGGCAGUACUUGCUAUGGCAGCACGUCCAAUACUAACUUGUGAGGCAGCGAUGGGCAUUGCUCGUGAUUAUGGUGAUACCUACAAUGGAUUAGAAGAUAUUGACGAUUUAAAUGAGGUAGUGAAAAAAGCCAUUUUGGAGGCCACAGAAAAAGAGCGGCGAAAGGCUUUACACUCUACAAACUGCACACUCAAUCCUCCAGAUAUCGACGUACCUAAUUUAGCGGAUAUACAAAAGGAGGCUAUAAGAUCAGGAUACUCGGGCCGUGGUGAAAUGUUUAGCACUCAGGCUAUGGUCAAUUUAGCUAAGACUCACCAAACCGGACGAUAUAAUGUGACGUUGGUAAAGCGUGAUUUAUUGGAUAUGACAGACGAUACUAAUAAAGAAGACGUUGGUACUGAAUCUGAAAUAUUAAGAUCUGAGGUAGAAAACGAAUGUGUAGGGCCAGCUGAUUUCAACACGGAUGGUGAAAUUAACGAAUUAGAUCAUUUUGAUCUGCAUACAAAGACGUCUGACAACGUAAAUUUACAACCAUCGUCAUCGGAACUGACCGUGGUCCAGCGUCUGAUGCGUGGUCACUUGAUUGCUGUAUGUUUUGAUUGUGAUAGAAGUAUGAUGCCAUCCUUGACAAAUGGUGGAAGCACCGCACAUUGGGCACUUUUAUGUGGUAUUAUCAUAGCAAAACCUCAUAAAACACAAGAAAAAAAAAUUGAGCAACCCGACGAUGAGUUAUCUGAUGAAGAUUUGUUAAAAUAUGGAUAUCUAUAUGCAUAUGAUCCGAAUAUGACCGAGUUUAUCCCGAAUGGUUAUAUUGAUAGAAGAGUGAUAGACAUUGACAAUCCUAUUGGUAGAGUAACUAUCCAAUCAAAUCGAAGUCAUAUGGAAAAUAUAAAUGUUCACGAUUCUGGUUUAGUUGAAGAAGAUUAUGAUGAUACAAAACAAAAUAUUACUGAGGAAACAAAUUAUAACAAUUAUUAUGACAUAUCUGAUUUGGAUUUGAAUCGAGAUGCUGAUCGUGUGUGGGUAAUUGCCCGACAUGGAAAAAUAGGCAAUCGAUAUGCUGUGUGGUCUCUUAAAGAGCUUGCUAAAAGUAACUAUCAGUUACGUACGCCUGCAGAUAAGAUUAUGCGUAGCAUCUCGUCUGAAAUAAAAAUGUUAUGGGACAACAAACAACCUUCUAUUGGUUGCAAUAUUGCCAAUUUAGUCAUGGAGAAAUCGGAAUCUAUUUUGAUUGCUAAUAAUGAUGACAGUAAAACUUAUUGUAACUUAGAUCCAACUGAAACUGACAAAAAGUUUCAACGAUCGGAGACACCUAUCGCCGGAUUACCGGUCGAACCUUGGCUGGGAGAAAAUAUUAUGGUCGAAAAGAAUCCAGUUUCAAAACAGAUACAAGAGGUGGAAUCAUCACCACCUCUAACGAUAACACCAAAACCACCGUCGCCACAUCUUAUACCACUACCUCCAACAGAACAACCCUCUCCACCACCUCUACCAACAUCUCCACCACCACAACCGCCAACUCCACCACCACCACCACCGCCACCAACACAACCUAUACUACCGCCACCACCACCAGUUUCAUCAAAAAACAUGUAUGAUGACAUCAAUGAACCACCGUUUGUGUUACCGGAAGGACCUAGGCUCGAUCGGUGUUUGGCUCAUCAGUAUAUUUCAUUUGAGCCAGUUCGGGCGCCGACCAUAGUAUCCGAUGCAGAUAAUAAACAAACAUUUAAUCCAUUGUCUACGCUCCAAUGCCACUUUUCAUUUAAAAUGAAACAGGAUUUAAAAGAUUUGGAUCUGACCAUAAAUACCACAGAUCGCUGGUCAAGGCAACACCGUGACCGUCGCCCGCCUUCAGUUUCAUCUUCAGAAAGUAGUACGUCACCGGAUCGGCAAAUAUCUGGUCCAGUGAACCAAAUGGUAAAUCCAGAAGAAAUUCAAUGGCGUCGAGAAGAACAUUCUGGUCAAUUAAAAUCAACGAAGCAAAUAAUUCAAUCCCAAAUGGAUAUAAACUGGCUUAUGGAAAAAAAACGACAGCAGCCACGGGUUUUCUCUGAAUCAGAUCAUCUUGAACGAAUUAAAUAUUUAUCGCGUGACCCACAGUCUGAAUUACUCCAGAAACUACAACUAAUACCGUCCAAGUUGUCAAAUGCUAUGCGUUUGAUGACUCAAAGAAGACUACAGUUGCACAAAACUGAAGAACACCGGUCUUAGAUACUAUAAAAAAACGAAAAUCUAUCCUCAACAAUCUAACCGAAAUCCUGACAUCCAACGACACCAAGUCCCAUUUUCAAUAGGUGGUUCGUCUUCAACAUCGUUUUGAGUUCAACUAGUCGCUAAAUGUUUUUGCACACUUGGACAACGUCUUACUAGAUCACUUACUUACCAAAACACAUUUUACACAUCAUCUGAAAUUUCGAUGUACGUAGGUACAUAGUAACUUCAGUGGAUUAAUUAUGACAAACAACUUUUAGUAAGUAACAAAAAAUGGUGCAUGCAUUUUCAUAGUUUAUUUUAUAUCUGCUUUCCUAAAUUGUAUAAUUUAUUUAUUGAAAUGUAGAGUUAAUUUUUGAUUGCCAAUAUUAAUAAUCAAUAUGGUAUAACUAUAGGAUUAUAUAAUACUGUUAUUAUAGUUUUGUAGUAUAUUGUAUGAUACACAUAUCUAGGGAUGGCCUAACUUACUUAGACUUUAGAUCGAAUUGUGAAUUUUGAUUAAGUUUUAUUUGUACCUUAUAUGUCACUUAAAAAUAUCCCUAUUCGUUCUCCUUUAAAUAAUUUUCAGAUUCGUCCCUGUAUUUGACCGGUCCCAAAAAACUAGUAUUGUAAUAAGUAAUGUACUAUAACGAUAUAAAUAUAUUGAAUAUUGAUUAUGUAAUUUAUCUUGAAGAAAAUAAGUAAUUUCGUAUUGCUAAAUUAUUGUUAAUUAUAUCUUAUUGUUAUAGAUUAAAGCGUAGACUUACCAAUUCUAAAAACUAAAAUUCAUCAUAAUGUAACUCAUUUCAUUUUGAACGAUGAAAUCAUUAUUUAGAUACUAAUUUUUAAUAACACUAAUAUUGAAACUAUGCAAUUUCUUAUCUUUCGUUGAGCAGUCGAUUAUUCAAGUGAUAAAUAAUAAUAUUAUUGGUAGGUACAUCAGUGCCGCCGACGCGAGACGAGUAAAUUAAAUUAUUUAUGUAUAUMAUAAAUGCAUAACUAUAUUAUGAACAAAAUCUGAAAUCUUAUAUGUCUUUGAUAAGCUAAUCUUUCGGAUUACCUAUCGUAUUAAUACACGGCAACACAAUUUCAAAUUAGUGAAAUAUGUUUGGUUUAUUUUGUGUUCUAUGGAUUUUGUUUUUUCACUACAAACUCAUGUUUUAUUUACAAACUCAAAAUAAUUUUUCCCUUUCAUUUUGUAUAUUGUGUAUUAGGUACAUUAUGUGGUUAUAAAAUAGUUUUCAUGAUCACGUAAUAAUAACACACACCUAUUACGAUUAUUUACAGAUUUUUAUUGGUCAUUUAAAAAAUAUAAGAAUAAUUUAUUUGUACGAAAUCGUUAAUUAUUUGACAUAUAUUUGACUGUAUUAUAAUAAUAUUACAACCUAUCAUAUUAAUAAUAACUUAAGUGAAGUGAAGUUGUAAAGUUUAAGAACUUUCAUUGACUCAUUUAUGUAUACUCUGCCCAAAUUAAGAAACGUAGUCGGCGGCGACCAGUAUUCAUCGGGMUGUAGUCAGGCAACACCCUACUCUGUCAAUUAUCUGUAUAACUUCUGAUAUUGCCUAUUGCCAUGCUCUGCUCACACAUCGGCCGACGACUACAGACGUUUCAUAACUUGAACAGACUAUAAGAAUGUCUAAAUUAUAGGAUUCAAUACAUUUAUAGUUUAUUGCGCGUUCAUCAAAUAAUAAAAAUUUCGUUUAUCAUAAUUAUUAUUUUAAAAUCUACUACCUAUUAAACAUAGUUUGGGUUUUAAAAAAAAUCACUUUACUAUCACAAUUUUAAUAAUAUUUUUUAAGAAAGUUAAUUAAGAAUCAAAAUAAUAUUAUAAAAAAUAGUUGAAAAAACCACAAACACGAUUGAAUUGUGAUCGUGCAUGUGUGUAUACAAUCUUAACUGAUUGAAUAUCUAUAUGUCAUCUAUAACUCUAUAAGGUUACCUACUUGUUGAAGAUCGUAUGAUAUUAACAUAAUAAAACGUUUUUUUUAAAAAUAAAUUUGUGUUAGUUUUUUUUUACUGACUAAUGAUAUCAGCACCCUUCAAGAAGUUAAUCAGAUUUGGACACUUAAAUUGUGUAUGAUAUAUAAUAUAUUAUGCAAUACCGUAACUGCCAGGGCUGAAACACGAUUGAGCAUAAAACACCUUUUUUGCGACACUAUUGAGCAAAAUUGUCGGCGUAUCAAAGGAAAUUAAAAUACAAAAGAAAACCUACAAUGAUGUUAGCAGGAUGUAUUUUUAUGGAUUUAUUUUGAAUAGAUAUGAUCUUAGUCAACKUUUCGGCUUGUGUUUCGAUUAAGACCUUAACGACUGCAUGGACAUGAGGAUGAGGUGAAUAAAAUUGCGAAUUAUACGCGCGAUGAAAGUUUUCGGCUGCAUAAUUGGUCGUUCUAAAAAAUUAAAUAAAAUAGAAAUUAAUAAAAAAGUUUUUAUAUUAAUUUUUAAAAAUAUUGUAAAAACCUUGGGUUUGGCGAAGGAAUUUCAGCCCAAAUAUUUGGUGGAAAUUGGCAGUGAUUUUCAAUAUAGUUGUGUAGAACUUAGUCAGAAAAUAUAAAACCGUAAUCAUUUGGACAUAUUAUUUAUAUUAAUAUAUAUUAAGACACACAUUAAUUCGUGAAAUUCAUCAACAACUUCUUCUGGGUAAAUAAAUGCCAAACCAAAAAACAAUUUUCAACCAUUUCCCUAAUUCAUUACUGUUGUCCAUGUAUGCUAUUCUAAGAGAAGGUUCGCUAAGAAUUUACAAACAAAUUAUUAUAUUUUAUUAAAGAAAAGUAAUAUAUUAUAAUAUACAAUGCAGAUAAUUUAUAAAAUACUAUAAUAAUAUAGUAAUAAUUAUUUCUUACUUCUCUCCACCAUGAUUGUCCCAAAUUAAAUCUACAUCCAAUUAUUUUAAUAUUUCCAAAUACGUCUAUGAUUGCUUGAUGAGCUCCAAUUUCAAAAUCAACAUGAAAUAAAUAAAUUUGCAAAUUUUUUCCGCAUAAUAAUAAACAUAAAUUAUUUAAAAAUUGCCACAUUUUAAUAUAGUAGACCUAGUUUUAUUUUGUAAAAAAUGUAAACAAGUGGUAAGUAGUACCUAUCCAUUUUUAUAUCCAUGUAUUGUAUACAAUUGAAUAAAACAUUUUGGUUUAUCAUACAUUGCUUUCCGUACAUUUUUUACAUUUUGUCUAAUUAAAUUUGAUGUUGAAGAUGAAUUUAAAAGUUCGGURCGAAUAAUUUUAAUUGGCCGUGURGARAUUGAUUCUUCAGCUUUUCUUUUGCAAUUUUCUCUCAAAAUUUGUUGUUCUAUUUUUUCAAUUGAAUUUUGGUCAUGAUUAUGUUGUCCAGAAGUUUCAAUUAUUUUUACGUUUAUCUAAACCGGAAAAAAUUAUUGCUAAACAUUUAUUGUUUGUACAACUCCAUCUUAAGAGAUUAUCUUUUUUUUUCUUUCUCCAAUUAAUUUAUAUUUGUAUAAAYUUACUAGGGCCAAUUUUUUGCCUUUUUCUGAUAAAAUGAUAGUUAUAUUGUUGUUUAAAACCAUAUUUAAUAAAAAAUAGAAAACUAUACGCACUUACCUAUAUGAAAUGCACUUUAUGUGACACGACUAUAUGUGAUCGAACACUGAUAUUAUUUCUAUAAUAAUUUUGGAAUCGUAUCUUAAUUAUCUUACUUAUUUCCCCCCAAUACUAUAAAUGUUUAAAACACUUUAGAAAUUUAUUGCUCCGGAACUAAUUUAUUAAUCGAUAACAUUGUCGAUAAAGUUGGUCUCGGCUCACGGCUUGAGUCUGAUAUCAUCAUAAUAAUUGUGCUUAAUAAUAAUACGUCAAAAUAAUAAAUUACAAAAUUUUGGCAACAUCGCAUAAAAUAUUCUAUGCUCAAUCGUGUUGCUAAAAAGGUAUAUGCUCAAUCGUGCUUUACCGGUAGGCUGGUAACCAGGACUUUUUCGGCAGGGGGCUAUAGUAUUUUAUUGUUAGGAGUUCUAGCUGAGUUCUGGAAUACUACCGGUUUUACUGGGUACAAUAAAUUUGAUAUUUAGGUUGGGGGGAUUAGAUUAAGCCCUUAAUAUGCUCCCCCCCUUUGCUACGACACUGAUAUUAAGUAGUUCGCGGCUAGUUUUUAAUUCUUAUUAUCACGUAAUGAAAAUAUAAUAAUACGAUUAUAAAUAAUUAUGUCAUUUAAUUUA